AUGGAGGAAGCUAAGCCUAAGCAAGCCGCAGCACGAGAGCCUCUCCCGCGGGAGCUUUCGGGAAGAAGGGACAUGCCGCUGGUCGAGGAGCUCGAGAGGCUCCGCGCCGAGCUGGCCGCUGCCAAGGCCCGGCUCGCCGCGACCACGGCCGAGAUACCGCGCCUCAAGACCCUGAUCGAGUCCACCAACGGCGCCGUCGCCAAGGGCCAGGAAGAGGAGCGCAGGAAGCAGGCGGCUUUGGACGCGCUCCGGCGCCGGCUGGCCGGGCUCGGCCGCGGCCAGGACGACGCGCUCCGGCGUGUCCUGUCGGAGUUGACCGCGGCGCGCGGCGCCAAGGACGCGCUGGAGCGGCGCGCGCUCGUGCGGCGCCAGGUCGCGCGCGCUCUGCGGCUGGCCGAGCGCGCCCUGGCGGCCGAGGCGCACGCGCUGGCGUGGUCCGCCACGGCCGCCGCCGAGACGCUGCGGCUGGCGGCCGGUGCCGCGGGCGACGAGGCCGCGCUGCACCACGACGUCGUGGCGCUGCCGGCGCGGACGCACGAGGAGCUGAGGCGGGCCGUGGAGGCCGAGGAGAGGCGUGCCGAGGCGCGCGUGGAGGAGGCCGAGGCGGCGCGGCGAGCGGCCAGGGCGCGCCGGGCCGCGGCCGUGGCGCGGCUGGACGCGGCGCGCGCCAGGAGGCGGGAGGCGGCCGAGGCAGGCCAGGACCGGCAUGGCCGCGACGCGGAUGACAUGCGGCAGCGGCGCGGGAAGAUGGAGAAGGGGAGGGGGCAAACUAGGGGCCGGCUCGGCUCGAGGGCGCGCCUCGUCGUGAAGAAGCUGGGCGGCUUCCUCUGCAGCAAAGUGUCGAAAGCUUGA